AUGUCAAUAGAUCAUGAGGAAUUAGAGCAAGAAUUGGAAACUCUAGAAGCAAUUUAUCCAGAUCUUCUUUCUUCUAGAGAAAAAGGAACGGGGUUGAUUGCCAUGAAAGUUCCCCAACACGAAUAUGUUACUGUGAGAAUAUCAUUCCCAUCUAACUACCCUUCGAAGGAGCCACCUCACGUCUUAGAAGUUAUAAUGGACUCCAACCAUCAUGCAAAUGAAACAUUUGAUAGAAAAUAUUUAAUUCAAUUAUUUCAAGAAGUUAUGGACUCUGUCUUUCAUAAGGAAAAUGUUUGCUUAUUUGAUUUCUUUUCUGAGUUAGAUGGUGUGUUAUAUAUUGAGCAAGAUGAGGAGAAUGAAGCUAAUAGCCUACAGGAAGACCACAGUAAAUUAAUAUCCACAGAUCCUUUUGAAGGUUGGUUCGCCUCUGACCCUAUUACAGAUCGUAAAUCUACAUUUUUAGGAUUAGCCACACAUGUUAAAUCUGAGGAAGAAGCAUUUAUGAAACUUGACUUACUGAAAACAGAUCCAAAAAUCAGAAAAUCCCAUCAUGUUAUGUGUGCUUGGAGAAUUAAAGAACUAUCAAAUGAUGGAAAAGAAAUCACAUUUCAAGAUUCAGAUGAUGACGGUGAGACAGCAGCAGGAUCAAGAAUGUUACAUUUGAUCUCACUAAUGGACACUUGGGGUGUAUUAGUUGUAGUAGUACGUUGGUUCGGUGGUAUUCAUCUUGGCCCAGACAGAUUUAAGCAUAUUAAUUUAACCGCAAGACAAGCAGUGAUUAAUGCUGGGUUUCAAAGAAACACGAAAUAA